CAGUCACUCUUUUUAACUUUUCAUCUUCUUUGGUGAACUCUUCAAGACACCAUCUUCUUCCUCUUUCACCCCAUUUGGACAGCUUGAUCGUUGUAGUGGAAAGCAGUGUCUCGACCGGCGUAGGGUGUUCGACCAAGAGGCGCAAGAUGAACGGCGAUAGACCGGUUCUUCCGAUUCUUGAGCAUUCAACUUCUGUCAUCAUCGCCAUCCCCUACGGUGCUGCCGUUACCGACUUACUGGCGCCGCAAUGGGCUUCUUCCUUUAUUGUUCUGAGAUCACCAAUCGUUAUGAUCCCCACCCAGUCCUAACCGUAGCUACUCGAAUGCAUCGUCUGAGAGCACAAUGAUGGCAACGACGCCGGUGGGAUUCUGGGGACUCUGAACGAGUGACGCUCUUUGGAACCUCAAGAACCUGGUUGAUACAUUCUCCUCCUCCUCCGAGAUCAACCGGCGCACCCUCAUGUAUUUUUGUCUCUUUCAUUUGAUGAAGAUCUUGGGAUGUAAUUGCAGUGAUUUCGCACAGAAGCCUCAAGGAGGAUCAGCUGGAGUACUUGGAGGAGAGGAGGAUUAAGGAUCUUGUGAAGAAGCACUCGGAUAUGAAUGCUGGGUUGGGUAGUUUUGCUGUGGCUAUUCAAUCUCCCAAGUUAUGGGUCAUGAACGUUGUGCCUACCAUAGCUGAGAAAAGUACCCUGGGGGUCAUAUAUGAGCGCGGCUUGAUUGGCAUUUAUCAUGAUUGGUGUGAAGCCUUUUCAACAUAUCCAAGGACAUAUGAUCUCAUUCAUGCCAAUGGCCUCUUUAGUCUGUACAAGGAUAAGUAAGUGUUUGUUUGGUCAAACCACUAUUCAACAUAUUCAACGAAGGAAAUAAAGAAAUGAGGUUAGGAAGAAGAAGAGGUGAGGAAGACAGAAAAAUAGCUAUGGCUUCUGAUUCUUCACCCAUCAACAAUGGUCCUUCAUCUCCAACAAUUCCCCUUCAACCUCAACCGGCAACACCUUCUCCUCCCUUGGCGAUGCUUCUCGCCGCAAUCAUCGUCGUUGAACUCUUCCAUGACAUCCGCCUUCGAUACCCCGCCAGUGCAUUGUUCCCGGUUUGCCGCAGCCACUGAUGCUCCACCUACUCCAAUGUGAUUCAGAGGCUCCUGAAGGAUUAUUCUCCGGUAGAGAAAUUUUCGAUUCCGACACAAAGUUUCAUGAGUUUUGUGAGGAGUUUUAUCAGUCUGUGAAGAACAGGGGAGUGGCAAAUUCGGGGAUUGAUGAGGCUGAAAGUUGAAGACCAAGUGUACCCUCACAUGAAAAGUCAGAUUUUGGUGGUUUGGUGGGAGAAAUGACAUCAUCUUCUAUAACAAAUAGUACUAUCUUUUAUUAUUCUAUCAAAAAAGUUAUUUGGUUAAUGAGAGUAGGUAUCGUUACUUGUGACUAACUCCCCUUUGUCAUUUGUUGCAAAUCAAUCCCAUCAGCAAGUACUUUCAUGGCCUCUCUGGUUAUAAGUUUUCUUUCAAAAAGGAAAAACAUUCCCCUUCUACAAAUCACGUCAGAUCUCCUGCUCUUCAUUCUUCGGAUGGAUGAUUAUCAGCCUUCUGCAUAUUCGAUUGAGGGAUCAAUUAUUUUGCAAGAUACUCCAAUUAUUAAUGCCAAUUUCAUAUUAUCAGACGACUCUGAAAUAUAUGAUCCUACUGUAAAUUCUUGGAAUGAGCUUCGGUCUCCUGUUGAUCAUCCACUUUUUUCACAAAGUGAAAUUCAAGGUUGUCUCGAUAUUGGUGACUCUGUGUAUAGUUGUCUAUAUUGUGGUGCGUCAUUUUGGUUACUAGAGCGGGUUGAAAAACAGUCAAGAAUUAAUCAGCCUCUUUUUACACUUUGUUGUUUUCAAGGAAAAAUUCAAUUACCGUAUCUUCAGAAAGCUCCAGAUUUAUUAUAUAAUUUGAUUCAUGGUCAUGAUAAUAAGUCUUUACAGUUUCAGAAGAAAAUUCGGUAUUAUAAUAGUAUGUUUGCUUUCACUUCUCUUGGUGGUAAAGUAAUAGAUUCAGUGAAUGAUGGAACUGGCCCACCGCAGUUCAUCAUAAGUGGCCAAAAUUAUCAUAGGAUUGGAAGUUUAUUACCUCAGGCUGGUCAAGUUCCGAAAUUUGUCCAAUUAUACAUAUAUGACACAGAACAUGAGUUAACGCAUAGAGAAGGAAUAUUUGGGUACGGUCAACUCUUACAAAAAUUUUGUUAUGAUUGUUUGUAAUUUUAAUUUGUUUCUUUUAUUUUCAAUUUAAUUUUUAGUUGGUAAAAUACUAAUAUGGAUGUAAUUUUGAUUAUUAUA